AAGUAUUUAGAUAUCAGAUUAAGUAUUUGAAAAGGACAGCUUGCUCCUUAACUAAAAGAAGAAAUGUCGAAAAAACAAAUAUACUACUCCGACAAAUACACAGACGAAGAAUUUGAGUACAGGCAUGUUAUGCUGCCCAAGCAGAUGUCAAAACUGGUGCCUACAUCUCACCUGAUGUCUGAAGAGGAGUGGAGGGGCUUGGGGGUACAACAGAGUCAGGGCUGGAUCCAUUACAUGAUUCAUAAGCCAGAACCGCAUAUACUGCUGUUCCGACGGCCUCUCCCCAAGGAGUGAAGAGGACAGAAGACUCAGAACAUAAAUCUCUCUCAGCUGAACUGCACUUCUGUACAGACCAUGUGUGGCUGUGAGCGUUUGAUUCAUGUAAUAUUUGCCCUUUAUUUGUAGUCUUAAGUACCUACCACAUUGGGUUAUAACAAAAUUAUACAGAGGCAGCCCAGGGUCAGUUCAAGUAAAAGGCAAGAAAGGUAACAACUUGGAAAGCAAAGCCAGAAUGUAACAAAAAAAACCUUUUUGGUGUGCAUGAGUAGAAU